AUGGACAGUGAACCUGGGAUACUUGAAGAAAUUUGGAGUCUCGGGUUCGCAGGAAAAUUGAAAGAUGCGGUUGCAGUUUCUGUGAAUCGCCGUCACUUGUACUUGGCUCGAGGAAACCGGAUCUUAAUUCACCCACUUCCCACGUUCCCCAUCGAACUUUCUGAGCCUUCGAAAUGCAUGCCGACUUCUGCUUCACCCCAGCGUAGGGCGAUGGCCCCUAAGCGAGACGAAUGCAUAACGGAUAACUUCAUAGAAAUUCAACCCGAACCGGAAGUGAAGAGGAAUGAAACCCGUGCUGGUGCGAGGAGAAAAGGCUCAGAUGCGGAUAGCGAAAGAUCUGCUAGCAUAUCUGCGUUGGGAGAGUCUUUGCAGACGCCUUAUUGGAAGUGCCACCGUUUCGACAUCAACGCGUUUGCGGUUUCCAGCGAUGAGCGAUUUCUUGCGUCUGGAGAAUGUCAUCCAAAGAACGGAAGGGAUCCUACGUCAAAAGCUGUCGGUGUUUAUGCUGGAUCCGAAAGUGGAGAUAUUCUCAAGUUCCGGUUGUAUGAAGGAUGGAAGCCGUCGCAAGUCCUGUUACCCGAUGACAGCUCUUCGAUUUCUAAUAAUCGAGAGUCUGCCAAAACCCCUGGAGUUAGUGACGCUUUGUUCCUGGGUGCACUCGCCCCCAAGUGCGGCCCGAAGUCUCAUCCCGUGAGAAAUCCUUUCCGAAAGGGCAUAACCUCUUUAGCCGCGAUACCCUCAUUCAGCGGUAUCAUCGUUGGUUGCGGUGAUGGCACCUUUGCUAUUGUAGAAGACCGAACCAGUUAUGAAGAUGACCAAAAUGCAGAAAUCAGGGCGAUGAAAGCAAGAAGAACGAAGACAAAAGUCCCACAAGGACCAAAUAGACUAGAAGGACUUCUUCUGAAGAUUAUGAAUACAACUUCCGUGAAUGGUUCGAUUAGUGGUAUCGCGAUGUUUUGCGACCCGGAUGCAUCGCUGAAGAAAAACUAUGCGAUUCUGACAACUUUGAAGCAUAAUUUAAUUAGGAUUGACCUCGACACCUUGCACUGGGAAUUAAUGAUGUCAAAUCAUGUGGGCACUGUUUAUGCCGUUGCGACUCCAAGGAAAUAUCUCGACGCUGAAUUUUUCGCUACUUGCGGGGGAAACGAAAUCCGUCUUUGGCACUUCGGAAGUAAAGAAGCGCUGAAAGUGCUGAAUAGCGAUAAGGAGAAGUGUUCGUGUCUCAGUCUCGCUUUCUUUCCGAGAUGGAGCGAUGGGGCAAUCAGAGCAUGGGCCGUUGAUCAUUUGGCAGCAUCCAAGCAAGAUCCUUUGUUGGAAUCCUUGGACUGUCAUCCCGGUCAGUCAGUCGUUUGCUUGGGGAUUGUUUCCGGCGGUAAUUAUUUACUGAGUGCCGGUUCCGACGGGAGCAUUAAAUUGUGGGAGACGUUUAUGUCGGGUGGAAGAAGGCGUCUUCGAAUGGAUAGAUCUUCGAGACAACACAAAAAUCGGAUAACUAGUCUGAUGAUAGAAGAGAAUCGAGAGCUUCCGACUUGGGAUUUAAGGUUUGCCUCCGCCUCGCUGGAUCGGACUUGUGUUGUCUGGAGCUUGAGGGAUCUUCGACCCUUGCACAUUUUCCGUGCGAACUGCGUGUUCCACGACCUGUGCUUCCAUCCUGGUGAACCUGAGUUGGUGACUGCGGGAUCUGACGCCAGGAUCCACUAUUGGGAUGCCUUUAGUGGCACGCACAUGCGCACUGUGAUCACUCCUCAAAUCGAGCCCCAUUCUAAAUCCGAUUGGAGUCUUGAAUCCGUGCAAAUUGACGGAAAACCCAGCGUUGGAUUGAGUUCUGUGGACAUCGAAACCGUGACUGGUGAUGGAGAAUUUUUUGUCACCGGUGGACAAAGCCGGGUGAUCCAGGUGUGGAGUUACGUUUCCGGAAAACGAUUGGCAGUUUCAUCUGAACUAUCUGGGGCGGUUCAGCACGUGAAAUUACAUCCUUCCGGAAAAAUAAUUGUGGCUGUGACGGAAGACGGGUCGAUUUCUUUAUGGAGAUACCGACGGCAUAAGAGGAGUCCAUCUGAUUUUUGAACUCGUUUUUUUUUCGAAUUCACUUAACUUGCCAACUUUUCUACGUUAAAGCGUUAGAAUUAAGCUGAAGAUUCUUAAUAUAACUACCAUAUAAGUGCUUCUUAUCUCAAAUGGAAGAUAUGAGUGCAGGAAAAAGUUCUUUUAUUCACCAUUUGAAUUACGAUUUUAUUUGCCGUCCAAAGCUUUGCGGAAACGGUGUGGCAUGGUUGAAUUUCACUUAGAGAAAAACGCUGAUGACGACGUUUGAAGAAAAGCCUUUUUUUGAACUUUUUCCAGAUUUUAUUGCUUAGGUCGAAAAUUCUUGGAAAUUGUAUCAUGUGACCAACGGAAUAUUACGCGUGCAUAUGUUGCGUCAGUCUUGAAAAUGCAAUAUAAUCGUUGAAAGGAAUUUCAGUCAA